AUCAUUUCUUAUUGGUAAAAAACACUCAUCCGCAAUAAUGUCUGGCGGUGAUUCUUGUGGUCACUCUCACGCUCACCACGAUAUAUCUGAUUCAGAUAAAGGUGCGCAAUUUAGUUUAUAUUUAAAAAUCGAUAAGGAGAGAGUAACUUGUUUGAACGAGUCAGUUGCCGGGUCUGGUAAAAAUGUUUUCAAACCCUGGGAAGAGAGGCUGAACACUGACUUGCUUGUUGAAAGUGACUUGGACGAAGAGCUUUUGUUUAAUAUACCCUUUGCAGGUAUAGUCAAACUGAAAGGAAUAAUAGUUGUUGGAGGCGAAGAUGAUUAUCAUCCAAAUAAGAUGAGAUUGUUUAAAAAUCGACCUCAAAUGACAUUCGAUGAUGUUAGAGGACAAGCUGAUGAAGAGUUUGAUAUGCAACCAGAUCAUUCUGGAAUUUUGGAAUAUUCAACAAAGGUAGCACGAUUCGGAUCUAUUGAAUCUCUUUCAAUACACUUCCCUUCAAACUUUGGAGCUGAUACGACCAAAAUCUAUUACAUAGGCUUACGAGGAGAUUUUACAGAGAUGAAACGACACGGCGUGACAAUCACAACUUAUGAAGCAAGAGCAAAUCCAGCGGAUCAUAAAACAGAUUCAUUUGACAGUGUAAAUCAUCAAAUUUUUUAG